AUGGCGUCUUGGCGCGAAGCCUUCGCGCUGUCGAAAACUCAGGUUCAGGAUGCCUCACCUCCUGGUACUGUCGAGAUUUUUGAUAUUGGUGAUACGGAGGGUGCGACACCCAACGCCUCGAUUGUGCUGUUCCCAAAGCCAUCCGCCGACCCUCGUGACCCCCUCAAUCUUCCUACUUGGCGCAGGGUUGCAGCUCUCUUGACUGCUUCUAUCUAUGCUUUUGUUGCCAACUAUUUAAGUUCUCUGAUGGCCCCAUCUCUGCAGAUGUGGCCUGCUCAGUUCCCGAACGACCCUCAGCCGCAGUUCCGCCUGACAAGGCUUAUCGCAGUCAACAUUCUCAUGCUCGGAGCCUCGAAUAUUUGGUGGGUGCCGCUCUCUAACUGGGCGGGACGUCGGCCUGUUUUGAUCAUUGCAACCCUCAUGAUGACGGUUUGCUCUGUCUGGGGAGCCACGGCAACCUCGUACAAUUCGCUGCUCGCUGCUCGCAUCUUCCAAGGAGCUGGAGGUGGUGCAUCUGAAACAGUCGCCCCUGCCUUGGUAGGCGACAUGUUCUUCGCCCACGAAAGAGGCCGCGCCAUGGCCGUGUACACUAUUUUCCUCGCCGCCGGCGCAACGGCUGGCGGUCUGAGUGGUGGCUACAUCGCGUUCCACUAUGGCUGGGACUCGACAUUUUGGGUCAGCGUCGGCCUCGCGGGCUUCUGUUUUCUCACGACACUGAUCUUCGUCCCCGAAUCCCUCUUUGACAGGGCCGAGCCUUCGAGCCCUGAGCUGAGCGACGAAAAGCAGAAAGGCCAGGCCAUACAUGAGGAGAGUCACGAGCUUGUUCAGCCUCUCUCGCUUGUGGCGUCGUUGGGCUUCCGUCGCCCGGUGCCCUCCAUCGGGUUCAACUACCUCAUCGAUGCGUACACUGUCGCCGCGUCAGACUGCUUCACCGUGGCCACGAUUAUCCGUUCUUGCAUCGCCUUUGCCUGGACUUUCUUUGUCUCGGACUGGGAGCACCAUAGUGGCCCGGCUGAACCUUUUGGCAUCUUUGGCAUGCUCAUGGGUCUCUUCUCCCUGACGACCAUUCCUCUGUGGCUUUAUGGCAAGAGGCUCAGAAUUGUAACAGCCCCCAUGAUCCAGAGGUGGAUGUAG